CACACUAGGCAAGAUAGAUAUUACUUUCUUGAAGAACGAAAUGGUUUGAAUUUAGAGUCAUUAGUUUUUAAUCGUAUACGUGUGCUACAAACAAUCUGCCAAUUCGUACGUUGUUUAAUUAUGUAAUGAUGAUAUGACUUCGAAAAAAAAAUUGUAUUUGUGAAAUGUAUGUAACGUGUUCGAGUAGUGAUGCAGGCCUUGGCCGGUCGUUCCUUGUGGUGGAUCGUUUGUUUGAGGAUUCUGUACGGGUCUAUGUCGUGUUCCGCCAUUGUUUGGAAACAUUUUUCAACAGAAUGAUUCGAAUAUCGGAUAUUUAUUGCUGUGCAUAAAAUGAAAGUGUUACCGGGAAAUGCCUAUUGAAACUUUAAUUCACCAGGGAGUAAAAUAUGAGCUCGGAAAGAACGGAACCUGCCGGAGAUUGAAGAGUUAGGGGGAAUUUAUUACGUAUUUGUGAGCAAGCCUUUAUUUUUUUUUCAUGUAACAGCAUUUAAGUGGAAGAUUAAGAUACAUGCAGCAGAUGGGCAGAGUAAUAUAUUUCACUGCAGCAACAGAUCAAAGUUCUAGUGGAAGAAAUGAUGGGAAAAGUAUGUUGAAGUCAAGUUCUAUGUCUGUUACGUUGGAUUAUGUUUGUGAUUUUAAGAUGCUUAAGUUCAGUGAAAAUAAAACUUGCACGACCUAUGUGUAAUGCCCAUUCCUGAAUAUAAUGUGAGGGAUUUUGUAAGAUUCUACUGCUUCUGAGAUAAACCCAUGGAUGAAUGGGACUGAGAUUUGCCUCGUUGAGGCAUCCCAAUGUGGUUGUCAUGGCACCAGCUUUGACAGAAGCUGGCCAGUCUCAGAACUUCAAAUUACCUCCAUCUUCACAUUCCUUGCCAGCAUCUCCAGUAGGUGUAUCUUUAAGUGCAUUAAAUAAUAUAUCACAGUUGUUAUCAAAUGGGCAUUUGUUGUGUAAAGAUGGGCACGUUGGCCUUGUGACAAAACUCGCCGGACGAAAGCAACUGGAGCAGCAGUUGAACCUUAUUGCAAAGGGUUUAAUCAAGGAAAUUCAAACAGAACCGAGUAACUUUGCAUUCAACAAUUUGACCACCCUAGCUGUAGCCUCAGCAAGGCGAAGUGAGGCCUUGCAGCCUGCAAGUGGUAAAGCAGGAGCCUGUGCGAGUGCUUCUGUAAAGAAAGGUGGAUAUAUGAUGAAUAAUUGUGACCCAUCUAUGGGGGACCAGGAAGAUAACAUGGGUUUACAGAAAUCGAACACAACAGUGCCAUCUUUGGAGUCCGGAAAUUUUCUGAAGGAGAAGAGUCUUUCUAAUGAUAUGGAUCAACUUUUUAAAAAUUUGGGUGCAGCCAUUUCCAGUAGUGACCUGGGUGGUAGUGUAGAUUUGGGACAGAACGUGGAAGAGCUUCUUCAAGUAAUAAAGAGCAUGGAAUCUAACGCAACAGAACCAGAUGUUCCAUUGCAUGGGGACUCUGUGGGCAUAGAGGGUGGUGAGCCAGAAGGCAUGUUUACAAUAUCAGAUGGUACUGACAUUGCUAGUGGUCUGUCAACAUUUGAACGAGAAUUGUUAAACGAUGUGGACAUGAUGAACAUGUGUGUUGAUGUUAAUCUAGCUGAAAAUUCUUUGGCAGCAGAAAACAAAGAGGCUCUUACGAAGGAACGUUUAGAAGAAGCAUGUAAGAAACAAUUUGAGAUGGAACGUAAGUGUGAGCGCCUUCUGAGAAGGCUCAGAAAGCUGCAGGCUCGGACGAUGGGGAAACAUGUUAGUGAAGAAGUGACGGGAUUGUUGGAAAAUGCACAUAGGAUGUUGAAGCAAAGUGCAUCUCAGAAAGAACAAAUAACUUCUUUGGGGUCAAAUAGUGGUGCUGUAGGUGUGUCUGUGCCGACUGAAGAAACAAGUGCUGUAAAAUCCGAAGUCUUUCGCAAGGACAAGAAAUUCAAAGGUAUCACCGCGUAUGCAAUGGCCACUCUCUUCAGGCGUUUGGAUAUGUUGUCACAGCAGCAGGCAGCCGUGUCCACUCGACACCAGUCAUCACAGAGGUACUUCGGAUCGGGUUCGGGAGAUCAUGCUCCACCAGCAACAGCCAGUAAUGGUCCUCGCGUUCUGCCAAAGUUCAGUGCAGAUGUCAAGAAUGAACUGGAGAAGGUCUCUGGGCAACUUCACACACAACUCAAAAUGGUGGAAAACUGUGUGGACUCUGAUGCAACUGCCAGCAGUUCCGGAGGAGAAAGUUGUGAUGAGAUGCAGUCAUUCAACAACCACCAUCAGAUGCACAUCAGCAUAGCAAAACGGGCUGCGUGGAAGUGGGCGCAAGACAGAGCAGGUGUUGCAAGUCGAUGGACGUGGCUCCAGGCUCAGAUUUCUGAUCUUGAAUACCGGAUUCGUCAGCAUAAUGAGAUCCAUAGACAAAUCCGUGCUGCCAAGGGUCCUUUGACACUGGGUGAACAGCAGGUGUCUAGUACGUCCACUUCGUUAUCACCUGGCACUCCUCGUAACAACCACAUGGUGGUGAAUGGUUUCCAUGGCUUGCUCCCUGGUGGUGGGGCACCGGGUAAACCCACAUCAGUGACGGAUGAAGUUGUGAAUGGAAAUCUCCCAAGUGGUUGUGGGCCAGUGAUGAAUUGUGCCCGAGUAAGGCCGUUAGUGAAGAGUACGUUCCGGAAGCGAAAGCUUCUACAAACCUCAGGCUUGCAUUUGGUAUCAAAGAAAGCUGCAAGAUCCUCUACAGUGAGAUGUGGGUGUCAGCCUCCGCUCCCCACGUGUGCACUGUGUACAGGUCGGAGAGACGCCAUGGUGCCGCAGCAGCCCGAUCUUCUCACCGUACCUGAAAGAAUAGCACUGCUCAGCCCCACGUUUCACCCAGUGCUUUCAUUUCCAGAUGAGGUUUGUGAGAGCCUUCAUUACGAUGCUAUCAUGAGAACCCCAGAGUGGCAACAGAAGGCAUUACGCAUCAGCCUGAAGUCACUGAAAGCAUCAGGAUUAUCUAAAAUUGACAAGGAUACAGGGUUAGAGAGAAGAGCAAAGAAGCAACAUUUGGAGCAUAGGAAAAAGUAUGCCAGCCGGCUUAAGAAGACUGUUGCCAACACUUUGACAGCAAAAAUCAAGAGGAAGCUGACAAAAGGAAGGAAGCCCAAAGGUCACAAUCCCAGUAGCAAUUCAUUACAAAGACUGAAGAAGAAGAGACAGGCAGUGAAAGCUCUGAUGGGUACCUUCCUGCCAGCAAUUGGCGACGACGAAGAGGAACAGCUAGGGGUUGAGACUAUGCUUCCUUCUAGUAGCAGUAAGAAUGCAUCCCCCAUCCCCUCCCCAUGCCCCAUAGUUAUGGCUCUGGGACCGGAAAGAUUGUCAUCUGGAAAAGAGCGUGGAGACCUGAUGAGCAGGCGGAAAAGGGAAAAUUCCUAUGAUAUAGACAACAUUGUCAUCCCAUACAGCAUUGCUGCUUCUACAAGAGUUGAGAAGUUGCAGUACAAGGAAAUUCCUACACCGAAGUGGAGGUCUGUCCAAUUUGAGGCAGAAUCUGCUGCAUUCAAGCUGGAAUUGAAAAAUAACGGUGUAGUCAGAAGAUCUAGUCAGGAAAGCGAUGUUGAAGAUUUGAAUGAGGACACAAUCAUGGCACGGCACGACCGGUGUGAAAUGGAGGAGAAGAAGAAAUUCAUGAGUUACAUCAAGCUUCCCCACAGUGGACGAGCAAGAUCUCAUCGUCGUGCAGAUAGCAGGGCUGAGAGCAGUGGAGCGAACACUCCUGAUCCGAUGUCGCCGAAUAAUAUGUUGGAUCCACAUUGUGAGGCUGGGGGCUCACCGCUUACAUCGCCACCUGCCACACCUCUUGCCGUCCUAAUAGACAGUGAAGCGAUGUCUUGUCAGACAGUGUUGGGACGAAGGCGUACGAUGUCUCAGUCUCGUUGGGCCAAGGACAGAGACCGGGAGAGGGACGAACCUCGCAGCAGCACUCCUGACUCUGUGAUUGAGGUGCCUCCAUAUGAACUCAGAACAUUUCCGCUGGUAGAUGAAAUGUAUGAGAAAAUGCUGAAGGCAAUGCCAGAAGGGCACUCAUUCCCACCUUAUUCCAUGGCACCAAAGAAGCUUUUCACCAAAGAUAAUGAAAUGAUUGUGAGUAGACCUGUCACCCCAAGUACAGACUCCACAGAAUCAGCAGUGGGUGAGGGUGAAGAUCCCAAUGACCCUGAGUGGACACUGGAGGAAGAAAGGGAAUUUGAACGAGAAAGAUUGAAAGCCUCGAUCAAGAGAUAAAACUAAACCUGCUACAUAUGGCAGGCGUUAAUUCAAGUUCCCAAGAAGUGGACCCUCUCUUGGACAGAGCUGGGCCAAUGGGUAGAAGGUGGUGGAAACGAAACUUAGUCUGUUAGAUCCAGUGUUAUGGCACAAGUAACCAGACAUUGUCCUGGUUCAGUUACGGGCAGCAUAGAUCAGUUUUUGUAACUCCGAUUCUGCUACUAAAUUGGUACGCCUCAGUUGAUCCUUGCUUCACUUUUGUCAGUGAUAUUCCUUACUGUCAGAAAUGUAGCAGUACAACUUUAGUAGCUUUCUUGAAAAUAGUUUUGAAAAUUGGCAUUGUGCCAUUUGUGCAUUCAGAAGGGCAAAUGUAAAGGAACAUAUUUGAAGAGAUCUGUUGUAACUAGUGUAACUUUAAUAUAGGUACUGUAGUACAUAUUGUCCCACCAUUAACUCUUCAGUUGAUAAAGAAGGAAAAAAAAAGAGAUGCAAAGGGGGUGCAGUUUGGUUGGAGGGAUGUGGUAUAGGUCCAUUUUAAUCUGUAAGUGCACUUUGCAUGGUGUAAACUUGCUGUGGGCAAGCUGCCUGUUCUGUUGGUAGUUUGGUCACUUUGGCCUACUGGUAUUAAGUUGGUUGAUGUUACCAUAAUGAGAAUAAAGAAUUUUGUAAUUACUGUUUCAUUCAUUUUUUCUGUUUCAGUUACAUAUUUUAACUGUGUGCUCUUUGGUUAUAUGUACUACUACUUCAGUAUGACAUAAUACCACAAUGAUUUAGUGUUUUUGUAUGUCACUGUCCGUCGCACGACGGCAGUGUGUCGACAGCUUUGUUAAUAUAAUGCAGGUUCAUGUUCUGUGUAGACGCGUUAUCUUUUAGUAUUGAACUUUAUUCUUAUUUUUUAUAUGUAGUUAAAUCGGUUUCCUAGUCUGUGAAAACAUUAGAUGCUUUAUGUAUCCAGUUGUAAUCAGAUCUCUUUCCCUUUUAUUUAAAUAGUUGACCAGUAAGGUUGGGAACAUUGUCUCUGUACUGAUUUUAAAGUUUUGCCGUUGGUUGUACGUAUUGCAGUUAUGUUUUGACCAGCCAUUGAUGGGGCAGGCUUCCCAUGUGUAGAUGUCAAUGUACUCUUUAUAAGAGCAUAUUCUGUUUACUGUGUAUCUCGCCUGCUUGGAAUAUUACAUACAUGCAUACUGCAAGCUAACCAUUCCAUGGUAGUGUGAGAACAGGUGUCCCUUCCCAUCUGAAAUAUGACCAUACUGUACCAUAUUGGUUUUUAGCUAGGACUUGAAAUUCAUGAGACUGAUCCUGUUGGUUGGCGCAUAUGAAGUGAGAGAUGGAUUGGUUGUGUGUGUGUGUGUGUGUAGGCAUGACGGUGGUAAUGCCACAGAGACUUGGAAGUGCACUCACGUUUUGUGAGGUAUAUAUAUGUAGUUAACAGAUUUUGUAUGCAUUCUCCAGCACCAAUACGCUUACCAUGAAGAUAAGUAAAAAAAAAAAGGAGCUUUUCCUCAAACAAGUUGUAAUACACUUUCUCUGUUAGUUUUAAUGAAAUUGGAAAUACAGCAGAUUGAAAACUUACAUUAGUUUUGUUUAAACCCUUGUUCUUUUUUUCGUUUGGUUUUAAUAGAGGUACUGCAGAAAUUUGUCUGAAGAUUUGUUCUUUGAAUCUGGAGUUCCCCACAAGAAGAUUGAGAAGUGCACUUUAUGAUGUUACUGCUGUAUAUACUCAUAGUUAGAUAACGUGGCACUCGGAAUGACAGAUGUUUGCUACAUUUCUUUUGUUAGGUUGCUGUGUCUAUAAACUUUUGUACCAGCAUCCAAACCCACUACGCAGUAUUGUAAUAAGUAACGGGCCAUUUGUACGGACACUAUCUUACACCUGAUGUGGCCAGUCUGGCAUAUCAGUAAAUGAAGAAUGGUUUGAAUGAAGUGUAAAGCAGAUGUGUGCAAAGUUCAUUGUUGGAUAUUUGUAUUUUGUCUCAAACUGGAACUUCUCCAGAGAAUAAACCCUAGAAUAAUA